AUGGUUGGCUUCCAGAAUGCCGUGCCAGAGGAGAGUGGGCAGGCAGAUAACUUAGUUGGAUCUUAUUUUCAGGCCGAAGCAAUUCAUCCGGACUGCGCCAUCAUCUCCCAGCACCUGAGGGCUCGUGAGAUAUGUAGCCAGACAAGGAGGAGCGAGGCGCAAAACCAAACCGACCACAGCGGAUGUAAAACAGAAUGGGAUGAGAUCGGGUGCUGGCUGCGAGCUGAGGUUGGGCAGGUGGUCAAUUUGUCCUGCUCUGAAGUCUUCCAGCAUUUCUCCAGCAAUCAAGGGUAUGUUUACAGGAACUGUACUGCUGACGGUUGGUCGGAAAUGUAUCCACCCUAUGAGGAGGCCUGCGCGUUCAGCGAUGACAGCGAGCCUGAGUCCGAGACGAGUUACCUUUAUACCUUCAGACAGGUUUACACCGUAGGCUACGCCACGUCACUCAUCUCCCUCAUUACAGCCAUCGUGGUGUUUGCAGCCUUCAGGAAGUUCCGCUGCACCAGAAACUACAUCCACAUCAACCUGUUCGCCUCCUUCAUCCUGAGAGCCAGUGCCGUCUUCAUUAAAGACACUGUGCUGUUUGCUGAUGAGACCCUGGACCACUGCUCCAUGUCCACGAAAGCGUGCAAGUCAGCCGUGGCUUUCUUCCAGUUCAGCAUCCUGGCCAAUUACUUCUGGCUGCUGGUGGAGGGCAUGUAUCUGCAGACGCUGCUGGCUCUGACCUUCGUCUCACAGAGGAAAUACUUCUGGUGGUAUAUCCUGAUUGGAUGGGGGCUCCCAUCUACAGUUCUCAUACUGUGGGUUUUGACCAGAUUCUUCUAUGAUGACAGAGGUUGCUGGGAUGACACAGACAAUGUUGGCAUCUGGUGGAUUAUUAAGGGACCAAUAACAGCCUCACUGCUGAUCAACAUAGUCAUCUUCGUCAACGUCAUCCGGAUUCUGGUUGAAAAGCUUAAAUCUUCUGCCAUGACAGGGAACAAUGACACUGGACACUUUAUGAGGCUGGCAAAAUCCACCCUGUUCCUGAUUCCUCUGUUUGGGAUGCACUACACUGUAUUUGCCUUCCUGCCUGAGAACACUGGAGUAGCAGCCAGACUCUACAUCGAGCUGGGACUGGGCUCCUUUCAGGGGUUUGUGGUGGCGCUUCUUUACUGUUUCAUGAAUGGAGAGGUCCAAACAGAGCUGCGGAGGUGGCUGUGGAAGUGCCACAAUCAAAGUCAUCUCACACCAGCUAAGAGAAGCAUCACUCAGAUCACAAUUCGGACUCAUGGGGGGCUCGGGCUGCCUGCUUCUAGUGGCAACAUCUCUUCUGUAUGA